GGAGCCCUGUCCUCCGCGAAUGCUCCUCACAAAAUGGCCAGCGAAAGGAAAUGAGAGCAGCCGCUCUUCUCCUCUCUCACUGCGACACCUAUUCCGGAUUUCCUCCCCCAUCAUCAUUAUCAUCAUCAUCACCAUCCUUUUCCUCAUCAUCGACCCCCACAACCACGUCUGGAUCUCUCGUCGUGCCCUACGAGACGCUCAACAAGCGCUUCCGAGCGGCCCAAAAGAACAUCGACAGGGAGACGAGUCACGUGACCAUGGUGGUGGCCGAGCUGGAGAAGACUCUCAGUAGUUUCCCCGUGGUGGACUCGGUGGUGUCCCUCCUUGAUGGCGUCGUGGAGAAGCUCAGCGCGCUGAAACGAAAGGCCGCCGAAUCUAUCCAGGCGGAGGACGAGAGCGCCAAGCUAUGCAAGCGCCGCAUUGAGCACCUGAAAGAGCACAGCAGCGACCAGCCGGCCUCUGUCAACCUGUGGAAGAAGAAGCGCAUGGACCGCAUGAUGGUGGAGCACCUGCUGCGCUGCGGGUACUACAACACGGCUGUGAAGCUGGCUAGACAGAGCGGUAUCGAGGAUCUCGUCAACAUUGAGAUGUUCCUCACGGCGAAGGAGGUGGAAGAGUCCCUGGAGAGGCAGGAGACAGCCACCUGCUUAGCCUGGUGCCAUGACAACAAGUCCCGUCUUCGUAAAAUGAAGAGUUGUCUGGAGUUCAGUCUGAGAAUCCAGGAGUUCAUUGAGCUCAUCCGACAGAACAAAAGAAUGGACGCUGUCAGACAUGCGAGGAAACACUUCAGCCAAGCAGAAGGCGGACAGUUGGAUGAAGUCCGGCAGGUGAUGGGCAUGCUGGCCUUCCCCUCAGACACACACAUCUCCCCUUACAAGGAUCUGUUAGAUCCGGCCCGCUGGAAGAUGCUGAUCCAGCAGUUCCGCUACGACAACUACCGACUGCAUCAGCUGGGCAACAACUCGGUGUUCACGAUCACUCUCCAGGCCGGGCUGUCAGCCAUCAAGACGCCUCAGUGCUACAAGGAGGACGGCACCUCCAAGAACCCGGACUGCCCCGUGUGUAGCAAGUCCCUAAACAAGUUGGCGCAGCCUCUGCCCAUGGCCCACUGCGCCAAUUCCAGACUCGUGUGUAAGAUCUCCGGUGAAGUCAUGAACGAGAACAACCCGCCCAUGAUGCUGCCCAAUGGAUACGUGUACGGAUAUAACUCCCUGCUGUCCAUCCGCCAGGACGACAAAGUAGUUUGCCCCAGAACCAAAGAAGUCUUCAGCUUCUCACAGGCUGAAAAAGUCUACAUCAUGUGAACGCGCGCUGUAACGACAAAACUACCACGGCAUGACCACCAGAAGUUCUCCCCGCCCCAAAGUACCCACAAGCCUCCUCGCCCCUCACACCAUCCUUUCCAGUCUUUCGGCAACUUCAUCAGGAUGCUUCCCACAAGACCGGUGCCUGUAAAAUUCGGAUUGACAAACGUGUCUACCUGGGGGCAAUGUCCGUUUUCCCGCUAGAGGAUGGAUUAUUUUACAUUUUCUCUUGCCCCUCCAUCCCCCCUUCCCCGUCCUCGCCUCGAUGGCUUUAAAAAAAGCUGCGUCAAGACUGCUUUAGAGAUGUACAUAGUAAAUGAGCUUUGUUCACAGCGCCUGAUGACUCGUCGUCGAGGGGGCCAGGGGACAAUGACUGAAAAGGUCUUUUCCCUUUCCAUUUCCACUAAACCGCUCCUUAGGUUUUUUUUUUUUUUUUUUUUUUGUAUGGUCGCAUACUAACUCUUGACGAGUGUCUUUGACGAUGAGGCUGGUCUUCUAUUUUUUUUUUUUCAGCCUCGGAUGAGGUUUCAUUUAUUUCAAGUCAAGAUUUAACUCAAAUGGGAGUUACGUGACAUUGCACAAAAGUACAGGUUGUUGAUUAGUCUUAUACAAUUUACCCCAAAAAAUCAACUGAAAAGACAAAUUUGUCAAAUAUUAAAUAUAUAUAUAUUGACAUUUUUGUGAAUACACCUAUUUAUGGGUGCUGUUUAUUUCCAAACUAAAGUGGGGAGUAAAUUGUAAAGCUACUUAGUGGACAAUCCUGUAUUAUGGUCAAAAGCUCGCCAUCUCCAUUAUCGUUCACGUUUGGCGUGUUUUGACCGGCCCGUUCUUCUUCCACGGCACGCUCAUACGGGACCUUGCCCUUUUGCACUGGGAAGCAUAGAAGAAAAAUGUCUUGAACAAAGGACCACAAAGGUCCAACGCCACUGACUGUAUCAAGCAAUAGUUCAAGGUGUCCCAAUUCUUUUUGUCCACAGAAUGUCACGUUUGAAUGGAAAAAGGACCGUGCUGAAUAAAUUCAUUUCUUCGCCCCUGGUAAUUCUGACCAACGACGAACCUAAGCACAAAAUCCAGCAUAAAUUUUAAAAUUUUGAAAUCCCCACUUCACCAACGUAAGCCAUACUUUUCAUUUUCAGUCGUCUAGCAAAAGGACUUUGGACAAAUGAAAGGUUGCCGCUUUUGCGCCCCGUCUCAUGACUCUGGACCGUUGUCGUCUUGUGCGUUUCACUUCUUAGACUUAGCUGAAGAUGAUUGUUUCAUCAUUGAUAUGACUCAUAAAGAUUUUACCAGACA